CACGAAGAGUGGGUGGGCAGCGCAUACCUGUUUGUGGAGUCCUCGCUGGACAAGGUGGUCCUGUCGGAUGCCUACGCGCACCCCCAGCAGAAGGUGGCAGUGUACAGGGCUCUGCAGGCUGCCUUGGCAGCACUCCUUGCUCAAGACCCCUCCCCAGUACCUACUCUUCCAGGCCCCUCUUUCCCAUCUCAGGGCAGAGGCCACAGGAGGCUGAAGCGGGUUGGGGGAUCUGUGAUCUGUUCGUGGCCUCAGAGCAGCGAGAGCCCCUCUUCUUCCCGAGCAGUGGGAGCCGUGCUUGGUGGAGGCCGAAGACCUGAGACCUCCCGCCCUCCUCUGCCCUGCUGGCCGCCUACCCAGACGGCUUGUUUGCCCAGGGCACACGCCCCCUUUUCUGUGCUUGGAAGUCCCUCUCUUUUGCCGGCCCUCAUUUGGGGCGUGAGAGCGGGGGCCAGGUGGCACCCAGUCUGUCUUGGGGUGCUCCCUGUGACAGGUCCUGGUCUUCUUUCUGGGUUGUUGCUGUUUGUAUCCCAAUUUUGCUUCCCAGCUGGGUACUCUGGGGUAACUGCACCCUAGGUCAGGGGAUGGGACGCAGGGCUUCACCACGGGCUUCGCCCCUCCUCCGGCCGCUUGGAGAACGGCCGAGCUUGGGGACCGCCCGGCGUCUGACCGCCCGCCUCCGCAGAGAGCGGCGGGAGCCCGGACGUGCUGCAGAUGCUGAAGAUCCACUGCAGCGACCCGCAGCUGAUCGUGCAGCUGCGAUUCUGCGGGCGGCAGCCCUGUGGCCGCUUCCUCCGCGCCUACCGCGAGGGGGCGCUGCGCGCCGCGCUGCAGAGGAGCCUGGCGGCCGCGCUCGCCCAGCGCUCUGUGCCGCUGCAACUGGAGCUGCGCGCCGGCGCCGAGCGGCUGGACGCUUUGCUGGCGGACGAGGAGCGCUGUUUGAGUUGCAUCCUAGCCCAGCAGCCCGACCGGCUCCGGGAUGAAGAACUGGCUGAGCUGGAGGAUGCGCUGCGAAAUCUGAAGUGCGGCUCGGGGGCCCAGGGUAGCGACGGGGAGGUCGCUUCGGCCCCCUUGCAGCCCCCAGUGCCCUCUCUGUCGGAAGCGAAGCCGCCGCCGCCGCCACCUGCCCAGACUUUUCUGUUCCAGGGUCAGCCUGUAGUGAACCGGCCACUGAGCCUGCAGGACCAACAGACGUUCGCGCGCUCCGUGGGCCUCAAAUGGCGCAAGGUGGGGCGCUCACUGCAGCGGGGCUGCCGGGCGCUGCGGGACCCGGCGCUGGACUCGCUGGCCUACGAGUACGAGCGCGAGGGACUGUACGAGCAGGCCUUCCAGCUGCUGCGGCGCUUCGUGCAGGCCGAGGGCCGCCGCGCCACGCUGCAGCGCCUGGUGGAGGCACUCGAGGAGAACGAGCUCACCAGCCUGGCAGAGGACUUGCUGGGCCUGACCGAUCCCAAUGGCGGCCUGGCCUAGACCUGGGGUGCAGCCAGCUUUUGGAGAACCUGGAUGGCCUUAGGGUUCCUUCUGCUGCUAUUGCUGAACCCCUGUCCAUCCACGGGACCCUGAAACCGCACUUGGCCUAUCUGCUGGACCUGCUGGGGCAGAGUUGAUUGCCUUCCCCAGGAGCCAGAGCAGCACCCACCGAGCCCGCUGGGGGUGCAUCAUUGGGGAUUCUGCCUCAGGUACUUUGAUAGAAUGUGGGGCGCGGGGGGGACCUGCUUUGGAGAUCAGCCUCACCUUCUCCCACCCCAGAAGCGGGGCUCACAGCCAGCCCUUACAGUUUCACUGAUGAAGCACCUUAACCUUUGGUAUCCUGGACUUCAUCCUGGGUGCUGCAGAUACUGCAGUGAAGUAAAACACGAAUCAAUCUUGCCUGCCCCCAGCUCACACUCAGCGUGGGACCUCAAAUGUUAAGCAAUGAUAAUAAAGUAUAACACGGUUUUUGAUGUGAGAAA